AUGUCAAGAGGUGGUCGAGGAGGCAGAGGCGGAGGCAGAGGUGGAGCUAGAGGCGGUGGGCGACCAAACGUGCCCUGGGACGUUGGCGAUGAGCCAGAUGCCAGGCCAUCAGAGUUAUUCCCGCACUAUGCGGUUCCGACGCCGCGAGACCUGUCCGGUGCCGAGAUCGACGCCGUCCAGCAUUAUCUUCUCCUCCGACACCAGAUCCACUCGUCACCGCUCUACACCUCCAAGAAAAACUCGCUCGACGACCCUACCUGCCCGAAAAUACUCUACGGACAGGCCCAGAUGAAUGCGCGCUACGGAGUCAAGAACAAAGCAUCCGUGGACCCCUUCACCGCCAUGCCCACCUAUUCCCAGAAGUUCGUCCGGGAAGAGCGAGCGCUGCCCGACUGGACGGCCCGCCCGAUAUGCCGCGAGCUGUUCCCCGCCGAGCUGCUGGAUACCGUCGAGCCGGAAGACGGCCUGGGUGUGCGCAAGAAACGCAGGCUGGAGCUGAGCCGGGUUAGCGCUCUGCCCGGUGCCGAAGAGGCGUUCGGGAUGGCAUCGUUGGAUGGCGACCCCGACGAGACUUCUGCGGGCGCCAAAAACGGGAGGAAUCUGUUGGAGAAGCUAGAUGCGAUGCGUGAUGACGAGGGCGACGAAGGUGCAGAACUGGAUGAUGAGGAAGGGCUGGAGAACGAGGACGAGGACGAAGCUUACGAUGACGAGGAUGCAGGCGAUUACGACGCCGAGAAUUACUUUGACAACGGUGAUGACAUGGGCGAUGAUUAUGGUGACGGAGACGAUGGCGAGGGGACGUAUUAG